AAAAGGAAAAUCAAACCACAUACUACGAACUAAUUAAAAUUCUAAAAGAAUGGUCAUGGAAAAUGGUGAGAAGCGGAAAGAAUUAUGUCUAGCUGAUGUUGUGGCUUCAUGGGUGUAAAUUGUUUCACAAAAUUGUUUAAAAUAAAAAAUAAAAAAUUAUUUGUAUAGUAUAUUCGGGAUAAACAAAUUAAGUCUCUAUCAUGAACCCCAUUAUUAUAGUAUUAUAAUAUGAUUAUUAUUAAUAACGAUUAAUUAAUCACAUUAUACCACAUUUACGCAAGAAAAAUGGUCACUAGUAAUAACACAAUCCCAGUGGUCGAUCUACAAGACUUACCUCCUAAUGAAUUACCCAAGUUGAUCGCAGCAUGUGAAGAAUGGGGCUGUUUUAGGCUGCUCAACUUCCAACAAUUCCUUCCGGCAACACUCAUGUCAGAGAUGAAGACGGUGGCCAGAUCACUGAUUGACUUACCAGUGGAUAUCAAGCGCCGGCCGAAUGUUGACGUCAUCUCCGGAAGCGGGUACAGGGAUCCAUCAGCCAGGAAUCCGUUGUACGAGGCCCUUGGUCUGUAUGACAUGUCGUGUCGUGCUGACGUGGAGACUUUUUGCUCCCAGUUGGAUGCUUCAAUUCAUCAAAGGGAGAUAAUUGUAACAUAUGCUGAAGCAGUACAUAAGUUAUUUGUGGCAGUUGUAGAGAAAUUAGCCGAGGGUUUAUCAGUGAAAAGUGAAAUUUUUGGAUUUGAGAAAUGGCCAUGUCAAUUUAGAAUAAAUAAAUACCAUUUCACCCCUGAAAGUGUUGGUUCCCAUGGUGUCCACACACACACAGAUUCCGGUUUCCUCACUGUCCUUCAAGAUGAUGAAUGUGUUGGUGGUCUAGAAGUCAUGGCUAAGUCGGGUGAGUUCAUUGCUGUUGAUCCAUGGCCUGGCACCCUUUUUGUUAACCUUGGAGACGUAGCAACUGUAUGGAGUAAUGGAAGAUUUCGCACUGUGAAGCAUAGGGUGCAAUGUAAAGAAGCAAGAGUACGUGUUUCAAUUGCUUCGUUCCUUUUAGGACCACGAGAGACAUUGGAACCGCUACCAGAACUUGUGGACAAUGACCAUCCUUGUGUGUAUGUUCCAACCACGUUUGAGGAGUACAGGAAGUUGAGGAUGUCGACAAAUUUGCAUGCGGGUGAAGCUCUUGAGCUCUUAUACACAUCUAACUCUGAGAAGUGAUGUUGAGUCACUUUCAAAUUCUUGCAGAACAGGUUUCUCAGUUUGUUCAAUUGAUAAAUAAAUAUAUAAAAAUAAUCUUCGCUUGUAGAUUA